CGCGCGCGGCCGCCAGCCGUAUUCCCUCACUCUCUCUCGAACGCCCGGUCGGCCCCGAAGAAGGCGGGUCGCGGGGACCCGGCUCCUCCUCGCGGGAGGCGGAAUUAGCUCAUCUCGGCGGCGGAGACAGAACAGCAGCGGCGUUAGCGGCUCGUCCGCUUCGGCAGCUUCGACUCUCGCCCUGCUGGGUUCGGCUCAGGCGGAGGGGCGCGGAGAGCUCGCUCGUCCUUCUCGUCGUCGUCCCCCACCUACCCCAGCCUGGGUGUUUGUCUCCGGCCGGCUCCAUGGCUCUGUGCAAUGGAGAAGCCAAGUUGGAGACUGCUGGAGAAGAUCUCAAGGAUGGGGUAUGCCGCUAUGAAGGAGCUGUUGUGAUACUCGAUGCUGGAGCUCAGUAUGGAAAAGUCAUAGAUCGCCGGGUCAGAGAACUGUUUGUCCAGUCAGAGAUUUUUCCUUUGGAAACACCUGCUUUUGCAAUUAAAGAACAAGGAUUCCGAGCCAUCAUCAUCUCUGGAGGACCAAAUUCUGUUUAUGCAGAAGAUGCUCCCUGGUUUGACCCUGCAAUUUUUACAAUAGGCAAACCAGUCCUUGGAAUCUGCUAUGGCAUGCAGAUGAUGAAUAAAGUGUUUGGUGGUACAGUACACAAAAAGGAUGUCAGAGAAGAUGGUAUCUUCAGUGUUACGUUAGAUAACACUUGUUCAUUAUUCAGGGGACUUCAGAAGGAAGAAGUUGUGCUCCUUACCCAUGGGGACAGCGUAGAUAAAGUAGCAGAUGGAUUCAAAGUUGUUGCUCAAUCUGGAAAUGUUGUAGCAGCUAUAGCAAAUGAAUCAAAAAAACUGUAUGGAGCGCAGUUCCAUCCUGAAGUUAGUCUUACGGUGAAUGGAAAACUGAUGCUGAAAAACUUCCUUUUCGACAUUGCUGGAUGCAGCGGUACCUUCACAGUUCAGAACAGAGAAAUGGAAUGCAUUCGUGAAAUUAAGGAGAAAGUAGGAUCAUCAAAAGUCCUGGUUUUACUCAGUGGAGGCGUAGAUUCUACAGUGUGCACAGCUUUACUGAACCGUGCUUUAAAUCAAGACCAGGUGAUAGCAGUGCACAUAGAUAAUGGAUUCAUGCGCAAGAGAGAAAGUCAAUCAGUGGAGGAGGCAUUAAAAAAAUUGGGAAUUCAAGUCAAAGUGGUAAAUGCAGCUCAUUGGUUCUACAAUGGUACAACAACUUUACCCAUUUCUGAAGAAGACAGAACUCCUCGAAAAAGGAUCAGUAAAACACUGAAUAUGACUACAAGUCCUGAGGAGAAACGCAAGAUUAUUGGUGACACUUUUGUGAAGAUUGCUAAUGAAGUUAUUGGAGAACUGAAUCUGAAACCAGAGGAGGUCUUCCUUGCCCAAGGAACAUUGAGGCCUGAUCUCAUUGAAAGUGCUUCAGUUAUUGCUAGUGGCAAAGCAGAAGUCAUCAAGACCCACCACAAUGACACAGAACUCAUUAGAAAGUUACGGGAAGAGGGAAAAGUAAUAGAACCAUUGAAAGAUUUCCAUAAAGAUGAAGUAAGAGUGCUUGGGAGAGAGCUUGGUUUGCCUGAAGAACUAGUUUCAAGACAUCCAUUCCCAGGUCCUGGCCUUGCCAUUAGAGUAAUAUGUGCUGAAGAACCAUACGUUUGCAAAGAUUUCCCUGAAACUAAUAACAUUUUGAAAAUUAUAGCAGACUUUUCUGCAAGUGUUAAAAAGCCUCACACUCUGCUACAGAGGGUCAAAGCAUGUACACCUGAAGAAGACCAGGAGAAAUUGAUGGAGAUCACAAGUCUGCAUUCAUUAAACGCCUUUUUGCUGCCAAUCAAAACAGUGGGAGUCCAGGGCGAUGGUCGUUCUUAUAGCUAUGUAUGUGGAAUCUCCAGUAAAGGUGCUCCACCUUGGGAGUCCCUUAUGUUCCUAUCCAGACUCAUACCACGGAUGUGUCACAACAUAAAUCGGGUUGUCUAUGUGUUUGGGCCACCAGUCAAAGAAUCUCCCACUGAUGUUACUCCCACUUUCUUGACGACGGGAGUUCUCAGCACAUUGCGGCAGGCUGAUUUCGAGGCUCAUAAUAUUCUCAGGGAAUCUGGUUAUUCUGGAAAAAUCAGCCAGAUGCCAAUCAUCUUAACACCAUUGCAUUUUGAUCGAGAUCCCCUGCAGAAACAGCCAUCCUGUCAAAGAUCAGUGGUUAUUCGAACUUUCAUUACAAGUGAUUUCAUGACUGGUAUUGCAGCGACUCCUGGCAGUGAGAUACCAGAAGAGGUUGUGUUGAAGAUGGUGACUGAGAUUAAGAAGAUUCCUGGCAUCUCCCGGGUGAUGUAUGACUUGACUUCGAAACCCCCAGGAACGACUGAAUGGGAGUAAUUAUUUCCCUCCCCUUUGAAAGUACUGUAUGCAGUUUUAAAUUAUAUCAGAAACCAUUCCCAGUGUUGACAUGCAGUACUGUGAAAAGAGUGACUGGAGCGGCUGCUACAUCUUAUGUGAUUACUGUUUUCUCUCCUGGAACAUAAUCUGCAAAUUAAGAGCGCUGAUGAGGGUGGGGGAAGUCAGCUCAAUGGGGCUGAGGACAUGUACGGGUAAAUAAUUUACGGCAGCAUUGCCUACGUGCAGACAGAAUCAUAUUGCUUUGCCUUUUUUGUCUUACAGCCUCUUCCUGUUUUUUGUGUAUUUACUGUUAAAUGUCAUUUCAAUGUCUCUUUUUUUUUUGUAUACUGUGUAAAAAGAGACAAUUUAUUUACAUUCACCGACCCCAUUAUUAGAGCUAUUAAUAAUGUAAAAUGAAAAAAGUGACCAACUGCUUUUGAAACAGAUUUAUUAUAAAUAAAUAUUUUGCCAAAUGAAGUAGUGAGUAUUGUUGAAUUGUAGAUUAACGUAUAUUUAUUUUCUGUAAAUUGUAGUACCUGUUCCAUAUCAUUUGGCAUUUUAAAGUCAUGGCAAUAAGUGUUGAUGUAUUCAAGAAAUAUAUCCAAAUAAGAACUAUAUUCUACCCCACCCCACCAUCCCUAUUCCCCACUUUUUAAUAUUUUCAAAACAAAUCACUUUUUAAGGAUGUUAAAUCAUAUGUCUUCCCACACUAUGUAGUUACUAUCAAUAUUUAAUUAAAUCAGCUAAUCGGCUACAAGAGAAACAAACAUGAAUUAUCUAUAAAAAUUGAAAACUCACUGCUUGGGGAAAAGCAAAGUAACAAUUGUCACAGCAGCCAUCAAAAUUGCUGGCUUAUGCUCUUGUUUUCUUUUUUACACUUUUAUUUUAGUCAAAUAUUUUGGCUUUCUCUUUUAUGUGAGACUUCCUAAUAAAAGCAAGGGAAUGCUGCAUUUCAAAAACUUUUACCAAGCUGUGUUUAAAUAUUAGCUUGAUUUCUAUAUGAUUUGUAUUUAGAACCAUCUUGGUAAACUUAAGAAUGAAUGAGUUGUUUCGUUAACACCAUUCAAUGAAUAGGUUACCACUAAGUUAAAAAGGUGAAUAUAGUUUACAUCCAAUGUAUUGAGCCGGAAUCAAAAUAAAACUGUUUCUUUAGUAUUUUGUUUGGGAAACUAGAACGGAGGAAAUAUCAAGUUACUAUGAGUUGACUCGUCUACACGUCGUGCCAUAGCUUUUGUGACUCAUUCUGGAUACCUCCCAGUGCAUUGCAAAUCAGUACAAACUGAGAUUUUGCCUAAAACAAUGCAGAAGAAGAAAGGAAUAUUGAAAGAAUGAUGCUGGCCACACACUCACAAUGACCUAUUGGUUUAUUCCAUUGGAUUAAAUUGCAGGCUUCCCUUGCUGUACCAGCUAGUUUGCUGUGCCACAUAAUUAUUUACAACUUCUUCAAGAUUGUUCUCAUGGAGAUCUUAUAGUGACAGUACAAAGAGUAGCAGUAGUGUUCAUAAUGUCCAAUCUCUGUAUCCAAAUUAUUCUCUAGGAAAAGUUCUGAGUAAAUGUCAUAUCUGUAGCAUCUUUUCAGUGGUAACAACUGCAUUCCCUGUCUUGGGUGCGGAAUAGAAAUUCAGAAAUGAUUGAAGGAAUGCUUCCUAGUCAUUCAAGUUCAAGGGAUGUUUUCAGAUCUAUUUGUGUGUCUUUAUAUUUGGGGCUUGGGCAGCAAAAUUUUGGCUGUUUCAAUGUUUGUUUUAAACGGGCUUAAAAUUCAGACUUAUCAUAAUUAAGGUAUAGCCUGAGAAAAAGAAGCUUAGUUACAGUCAGAUGAGUCAGAGUUUUACCUUAAAUAAUGAAGUUUGCAGUUGGAGUUAAAAUGUUUUUGUUUUCAUAUUCAUUUACUAUAGCUAUGCACAUGUUGUAAAAUUCUAUGGGUUUUAGAUUAGUAAAUUAAUUACGUUUUGUUCUGUUCAGAUAACCGUGGAUUUAUUUUUAAGCUGGAUACAUGAAUAAAAUGGAGUUUGGAAACAUUUAUAAGGAAUAUUAUACUAGAGACAAAAAUAAACACAUAUAAAGGUGUAUGUAAAUUGUUUAAAUGAAGACAUCAGUGUUGUACAGAAAAGGGACUUUCUGUGCAUGACUAGUAUAAUACAGAAAAUUAUUUCUUUCUCUUAAAACCCAUACUAGGAUUCAGUUUAUGCUGGCAAUCAAAUGUGGAGUACACUUAAAUGGCCAGGCUUCCAAUUCUUGAAUGUAUUUCAUAGUAUUGAUUCCUGUAAUCAAAACCAGCUGCAGAAAACAGGAUUGUGGUCCAGGAGGGAAUGUGUAAACCUGUAGCUUAUGAAUGCAGAUGCCCUUGCUAGAUUUGUUUGCCCUCUGAUCUUCAGUAAGAUAUGUCAACUGUUUUCAAAGGCAAUUGUGUAGGGAAUUAUACCUAAAACUCUCAGUUAAAAAAAAUCUGUAAAUGAUAAAAGUACUGUCAGCCUUAAUUUUUAUCCUCAAAUAAAAGUGAACCCAUUUGGAUA